AUGCUGCAACCGCAAGCAAAUGAAACCGCCGCAGCAUCAGUUGCUGUUAAGCUCCCCGAAUUCUGGAAAAAUGAUCCUGCUAUGUGGUUCGCCCAAGCCGAGGCGCAGUUCGUCCUGGCGGGAGUAACUCGCGACGCAACCAAGUUCUACCAUAUAAUCGCCAAAGUGGACCAGAGUGUCUUGUGUCAUAUUUCCGAUUUGGUUGCGAACCCUCCCGAAAACGAUAAAUAUAUGUCCAUUAAAGCCAGACUACUAAGCCGUUUCGAGAUGUCGGCACAAGCCAAAAUGGAGAAAUUGUUGAAUUCUUGCGAUUUAGGAGAUAUGAAACCUACACACCUCCUCGCUCGGAUGCAGGAUCUAACAGCAGGACUCAAGGUCGACGACGGAUUAAUGAAAAUGUUGUUCCUACAAAGACUUCCUGGAAGCGUUAAAGCGGUACUGACAAUCCACGACGGCACAUUGUCUAAAUUAGCCGAAAUGGCAGAUAAGAUGGUAGAUACUACUUCCACGCAUGUAGCAGCUGUUGCACCGCCGCCGUCAUCUCAAAUAGGUGACAUCGACGGUCAAAUCGCUCAUCUCACCGCAGAGAUCCGGAAGUUGAAGGAGUUUACCAGAAGCAAACACGAAAGAAAUCGUUCAUCGUCACGCACGCGGCCAGAUACGGACGACGAAACAGUAUGCUGGUACCACAGGAAAUAUGGUGUCCAGGUGGGCACGAGCACCGAAAGCCGCCGUUUGUCCAUUUUGGACAGGACACACAGCAUCCGUUUUCUAAUCGAUACGGGUUCAGACGUUUCAAUUCUGCCCGCCACCAGAAAAGACAAAACCAAACCACCGAUUCCUUUCAUCCUGCACGCUGCAAACAGUACGAAUAUCAAAACUUUCGACAAACGCUUCCUGUACGUGGAUCUCGGACUUCGCAGACGAUUUUCCUGGUUGCAGACGUGA